AUGGCUUCGACCUCCGCUUCGUCAUCCCACCAUGCUCUGCCGGGGGCAGCCGCUGACCCACUUAAGGGGUACGACGAUCCCUUGGACGCCAACUUGGUCCUCGCUGCAUAUGGCCGCAACAUCGAAACCCGCUUGAGGCAGGCCGAAAAUCCCCGUCUUCAAAAUCGGACAACAAUUGCGCGGCUCGCAGUAACACCGGGAUUCCCAAUGACAGUGGAAUGGCAUAGAAAAUUCAGUGCGAGAGAGUGGGUAGUAUACGUACCCCCGCUCGCUAUUUCUGCGAUGGAGGAAGUCGCCGGCAACGUGAGCGGAGACUAUUCCACCCGCAUGGCGCGCAUCAAAUCGGAUGACCCGAGAGUCUUCACGAAUGCCUGGUACUCCGCAAGUCCCCCGCCCGGUGGCCACCCGCUGCCCAGCUUUACCGGCAUGGUGACCUCCGCUGCCCCCGGGAACCCACACGUCCCGACCGCGCCCGAAAAGACAUCUCCGGCUGGUGCAUCUCGGCCUACGACGUCCCACACAGCGCAUGCAGUCCGGUUCCAGCUCCCACACGCCAGCACUGAUCCCACGCACUGCAGUGAGACGCAGGAGGCGGAGCGUACUCCGGGCCCUGCGCUGCCGGGCGGACAGGUGAAGCGUUCAACAGUGGGAUGGAAUUACAUGGAGAUAUCGGAGGACAAGGCGGAACAUUCUGUGACGAAUGUGAUGGUGGCUGCACCGGUAACGUUAACCGGGCACCGGCACGGGGACAGCAAUGAUACCAGCGACGAGGAAGACGAGUUGCAGGAGGCCGUAGUGACGAAGUACAAGAGAUCAGGGGCCGGGAAAGCGAAGGGAAAGCGUCCGGCAAGCGAGAUCGACUUUAGUGACGAAGAAGAUCAAUUGCAGGAGUCCGAGACGCCCACCAAGACAGUGAACCAGCGUGGGCAAGCCAAAAGGAAACGGCGGGGAGACAGUGUCGUGGUUGAGGUGCACAAAGACAAGAGACAUGAUCCGGUCCCGCACCUUCGUUCAGCACUGAAGAACCCGCUGCCCGUCGGCCCGUCAGCGGGCGACGUCAAUGACGGCCCGGCGUACAGAUACAAGGUCGACCAGGCCCUCAAAACCCACGACAUCAAUGCCCUCAUCGAUAUCGUACAGGGGGAGCGGGCUGUCAAGCGCCUGCCCAAGUUCAACUGGGACGCCGGGAAGCUUCGGGGACGGCGCAAAGCUAUCUGGCUGAGGACCAUGCCGUUGCAGGAGCCUCCAUGCACGCGGUGCUCCGGCAUUCACUGCUGGAUCUCCAGCGAUCCCAACGCCAAGCGUCCUGCUACGAAGUGUGACGAGUGCGCCCGACUGGGCAAAAAGUGCUUUACCAGCGAGGCCCGCAAUCCGUCCCCGGCUGACGAGGUCAGGGCGGGUCGAUCCAGCACACCAACCCCGCCCAACGCAAACACCCAACACCGAGCCCGAUCUCCGUCUGCUCUGCCCGAUGCAAGUGGCCCUCCGGAAUCCACCGCGGAGGCGCCCGCGGAGCAGGACAAUGCUUCAACCACCGCCACCACCACUCGAGGAAGCGGGGAAGAAUCAUGCGCUGACGGGCAGUGCACAUUGGAUGCGGACAAACCGCGCACCUUCGUCCGCGCAUACAUUGGGGCACUCCCGCCAAGAUUGGCUCAUCGGAAGCCGGACCCAAGUGCGGAGGGCAUUGAGCUCCUGGAAACAACGGCGGACGUCUCAUACAAAGUCCGAGAACUGCGACAGGAGAAUGCCGAAAUCCGCACCAUGUGCGAUGAGCUCCGGCAGGACUUCGCGACACUCCGUGAACACCUGAGAGCACGUAACAGUAUCCGUGCUUUCACGCACUUUGAACACCAGCCCGGAGCAGCGGCAGCUCCGGAGACGCUGGUUGAUCAUGGGGCGCAGACGAACGUUCCUGCCUCCCCGGAUCCAUCGUCGCUGAGCAGGCAUGCCAUCCCGGCACCCAACUUGGCAAGCCACGACGUACACGAGGUUCCCGACGACACUGUUAUCGCUUCCGCCACACUUCGGCAUGCUUCCGCGUUGUGCACACAGGAUGGCAGCGACAUGGCCAGUACGGAUGAUGGUAGUGAUUUGGACAUGUCAAGCGAUGAUCCCGACGCAGUGUGA